CACGAGGUGGACAAGCUGUACAAGGUGGAGACCCGCCCGGCGCUCGGCUCCGGCCACAGGUUCUGCUUCCUGGUGCGGCCGCGGGUCAGGACCAUGCGGUACAUCGCCGAUAUUGUCAAUGCUGACAAGAUGUCAGGGAGGAGCAGGAAGUACAAGAUCAUCUUCAGCCCCCAGAAGUUCUACGCUUGUGAGAUGGUGCUGGAGGAGGAGGGAGUGUUUGGUGAUGUCACCUGUGAUGAAUGGUCCUUCUACCUGCUCCCCCUGGACGAAGACAUCAUCAGCAUGGAGCUGCCCGAGUUCUUCCGUGACUACUUCCUGGAGGGAGAUCACCGCUGGAUCAACUCUGUCGCUCGAGCCCUGCAGCUGCUGAACUCCCUGUACGGACCCUUCGGCAGAGCCUACGGGAUCGGCAGGUGUGCCAAGAUGAGCUACGAGCUGUGGCGGGAGCUGGAGGAGGAGAGCGAGGGCGACGGGACGGGCAGGAAGCCCGAGAUUGGGAACGUGUUCCUGCUGGACAGAGACACGGACUACGUGACGGCGCUGUGCUCCCAGGUGGUCUACGAGGGGCUGGUGGACGACACCUUCCGCAUCAAGUGUGGGAGUGUGGAUUUUGGACCAGAUGUCACCUCUUCUGACAAGAGCAUCAAGGUGCUGCUCAACGCCCAGGACAAGGUCUUCAGCCAGAUCCGGAAUGAGCAUUUCUCCAGCGUGUUCGGCUUCCUGAGCCAGAAGUCACGGAACCUGCAGGCACAGUACGACCGGCGCCGCGGGAUGGACAUCAAGCAGAUGAAGAACUUUGUCUCCCAGGAACUGAAGGGACUGAAGCAAGAGCAUCGUCUGCUGAGCUUGCAUAUCGGCGCCUGUGAAUCCAUCAUGAAGAAGAAAACCAAGCAGGACUUCCAGGAGAUGAUCAAGGCUGAACACUCCCUGCUGGAGGGUUUUGAUAUCCGUGAGAGCACCAGCUUCAUCGAGGAAGGGCGGGUGUCCCCCAUCGAGAGCCUGCGCCUGAUGUGCCUCCUCUCCAUCACGGAGAACGGUCUCAUCCCCAAGGAUUAUCGCUCCCUGAAAACCCAGUACCUGCAGAGCUACGGGCCUGAGCACUUGCUGACCUUCCACAACCUGAAGCGCAUGGGGCUGCUGGUGGAGCAGGCGCCGGGGGAGACCCUGACGGCCGUGGAGAGCAAAGUCAGCAAGCUGGUGACAGACCGUGCUGCUGGGAAGAUCACUGACGCGUUUAAUUCUUUAGCUAGGAAGAGCAACUUCAGAGCCAUAAGCAAGAAGCUGGGGUUGAUCCCCCGGGUGGACGGAGAGUAUGACCUGAAGAUGCCCCGGGACAUGGCGUACGUCUUCAGUGGGGCCUACAUCCCCUUGAGCUGCAAGAUCAUUGAGCAGGUGCUGGAGCGCCGGGGCUGGCAGGGCCUGGAGGAGGUUGUGCGGCUGCUCAACAGCAACGAGUUUUCAGUCUCAGACAUGAGGGAGGAGGAGGGUAGUAGUAGCUUUCACGAAACCUUCCUCCAGCCCAGAUUCCUAGUGUUGCUCUGUGCUGAGCCUUUCAGCCAGGCUCGGACCCCUGGACUCGUGGCUGCCAAGCCCCCCCGUACUGGCUACAGGGAGCGGAACAAGGAGAACAUGUUGCAGCUGAACGGGACCACCCUGAGCGGUGGGUGCACCCUCACAGCCCCUGCCCAGCGUAACCACAGCGUUAAUUCUGUUGCCAGCACCUAUUCUGAGUUUGCGCGCGAACUUUCCAAGGCUUCCAUGUCUGAGAGCAGCUCCCGUGUCCUCAACUCCACCACCACCACGGCCUUCUGCUGA